UUACCGCAUGCCCACGACGGCCUCUUUCUGCCUCUAGAUAAACAGAGCGGCCCUGGACAGUCACGAAAACGCGGAGUUGCGGGAGAUGAAGGCGCGCAGAAAUCUGUGACAACAACCGGGACGGUCGUCGAAACGAGCGGAAACGGCGAGGAACCGCCGUCGCCGGAAGGCCGGCUGCAACCGGAGGAUUUAUCUGUCACGGCCAAGAUCAAGGACAUCCGGGAUACCGUGGAGAGCCUACCGCCUCUGAAGACUCCCGAGCUGAAGUUAUCGGUUCGCAAAUUGCUCGGAUGUACUCCCUCGCCGCCGCCCAUAUCGAGAGAUCGAUCGAUCAGUCCAGAAAAUUAUGUCGAAUUGAAAAGCCAAAGCUCGAGCGACGGCAAAACAACCGUAUCCUCGAGCGAUCAGGCCAAGGUGCCCUCGCAGAUCUCAAGGUCAAGCGGCCUGGGUCAGGAAGAAUCCUCUAAAGGAUCCAAUUGCCGGAGCAACGGAAGUAGCAACGGCAAGCAGAGAAGGUCGCGGACGAACUUCACGAUCGAGCAAUUGACCGAACUCGAGAGACUCUUCGACGAGACGCACUAUCCCGAUGCGUUUAUGAGGGAAGAGUUGAGCCAGCGACUCGGCCUCAGCGAGGCGCGGGUACAGGUCUGGUUCCAGAAUCGACGCGCCAAGUGUCGCAAGCACGAGAGUCAGUUGCACAAAGGUGUCGCGGGAAGCAUGGUGCUGGCGCCACGCAGCCCGCCGACAACACUGGAGCCGUGUCGGGUAGCGCCUUAUCUGCCGGCUCUUAGGUUGCAUCCGCCACCUCUGCAAGGUACAGGCGUCAAUGUCACGGUGGGCUCGGCGUUUGACCCAGCGGUGUUGCAUUACGCGGCGGCCGGCGGUCUCUUCUGCCUGCCGCCGCCGCCACCGGCACCGUCGGCCGGUCAUCCUCAUCCGCUGAGUUUGGCAGCGUCGCUGGCCGCCGCGGCGGCUCGCUCGAAGAACAGCAGCAUCGCCGAUCUGAGACUGAAGGCGAGGCGACACCAGGAGGCCUUAGGCCUCGACAGGCCCGCGUAAGGGCCGCGAUUUAGCGCUUGGACGACGAAGUCGACGUGGACGAAAGGAAGAUCAGUACGGUGAGUACGGUCAGUGUCGAAGAGGACUUGGUGUUUCCGUCGGAUUUGUAAUUCGAAGCGACAUGAAGAUCGAAUUACGCGAAAUGGAUUGCAAUCUGUAAUCCCAGUGAGUUCAAUCUACGAAGUUGUAAGAAAUACGCGUGUAGCUUUUGCAAAGCAAAUCUAUCGAUGCUCGCCGUCACCGUCUCUUGUUAAGACUCUAUAGGCGAACGAAGAUACAAAUCUAUGCUUUGUCAAUCAAAAAUUGUAACCUGAAGAACUUGAGAAAUUUUUGUUUUCUUCUCAUUUAUUGAGGAUAUAAAGUAAACUCGCAAGAAUUGUUAUUAACUGUUUACGCGUACAAAUUCAUAAAAGUUCCAUUUGUUGUUUUCUACGUAACAUCGCUCGUAUGCAGAGUUUUACAAGAGUGUGACGCGUGUAAUAAGUAUCAUUUCGUCCGCGACGUGCCGAAACGUCUGAGAAGUACAAAGGACACUCAAAAUGUGUAUAAAAAGUAAAUAGAGGCGGAAAAACGUGUAACAUACAUAAUGUAUACAUACAAGAUUGGGAAUCUUUGCUUGUAUCUCGAUUUAGCGUGCUCCGUGUCAAAGAACUGUGAUGUAAAACCGAUAACUAGAGAAACGACAUUUUAAUGUAAGUUUAUCGCCACUGAUUCUUGAAACCGGCUCUCCUUCUUGCGUUAGCGGGCGUUUGUUCGGAGCCAAUGUUUUGUGUGUAUUUAUGUGUAUCAGUGUGUGUGCUCACAUCAUACACGCGCGCGUGUGUGUAGGGACACGCGUGUACACAAAUCUUAAAGAAUUUUUAAAAAUCUAUUAGGGGAAACUUUAGAACCUUUCGAAAAAUUAAUAAUUAAUUAUGUAAAGAUCUUACGUCGCUUGCAAGAGAUUUUAGUAACAUUUAUUUUGCAUAUUUUAGUCGUCAAGAUAAUCCAAAAAAAACUAUUAAAAUCUAUUAGGACCGCAUCAAACUGUACAAAGAAUCUUGCCUCGUUUUUAUGCGAUUGUUUUUUUUUUUUUGUAAAAAACAUCUAAUGACAAAGAAAUUAAGUAACGAUCCACCAAAAAGGACGAAGUUUCCUUUGCAAGAGGAAUCUUCCAUAAUUUCUGAAAGAAAAAAAACAAAAAAAAACGUAGUAGAUUUCGGUCUUGCGAUGAUCGUUGAGAUAUUAGUUCACGAGAGAAUGUGGGAAACUCCAAGACGCGUUAAGGAUCACUGACCACGAGAGCAAAUUAUAAAUCGCCGCGUCCUGGCAACGGC